AACUAGAACUCAGAGCCAGCGUUAUUAAUGGUCUAAGGAGCCAGCUGACCAAAGAAAUUAACUGUCACUGUCAAAGUUGCCGACUGACUCAAGAGUCAAGUCUGUUUUACUUUUAUUUUUUUUUAUUUUAGAAAGUGAUCUAUGAUUGACUGUUUCAAAGUUAAGAAUAAAAUUUUAUAUUAGAAAAAUAAUAUUAAAAUUUCCAAAUAAGCAUCGUCCAAAAAUUUAUAGUUGUAUGAACAUAUUGACUUAGACUUGCGCUAGUUUAAUAAUUUGUUAAUGAUUUACAAUCUCUAUUUUGAAUAGUUAUCUUAUCAGUUUUGUUUACUUUUAUUGUAACAAAAAUAUCCACGUCUGUUAAAGUAAAGCAUUUAACAUCAAUCAGGAAUAGGCUCGUAACUAUAAUGUCUAGGUUAGGAGCACUGGCUUUGACUAAAAACACUGGAGCGAAGCACACUGCUACAGUCAUAUUUUUUCAUGGAUCAGGAGGCACUGGUUCUAACAUGAAAGAGUGGGUAGAUAUAUUAGCAAAGAAUUUUAGUUUUCCACACAUAAGGAUCCUAUAUCCAACAGCUCCCCUUCAACCAUAUACACCAGCGGAAGGGGACAUGAGCAAUGUUUGGUUUGACCGCAUAGAUAUACACCCAAAAGCACCAGAAGCACUGGAAUCAUUGAAAAAAAUUGAAGCAGAUAUCAAAAAUCUUGUUAAAAGUGAAAAUAAUGCUGGUAUACCUAACAAUCGAAUUAUUGUUGGUGGUUUUUCUAUGGGUGGUGCGCUUGCACUACACACAGCAUACAGAUGGAUGCCAGACUUGGCUGGCGUGUUUGUUUUCAGUUCAUUUCUCAACGAAAAUUCUGUUGUUUAUCAAGACCUAAAAAAAUACUCUAACCAUGUGCCGCUACUGCAAAUACAUGGCGAUAUCGAUGAUCUGGUGCCUAGCUUGUGGGGUAAAACUACUUUUGAAGAGUUGCAAGGACUUGGAGUUCAAGGAAAUUUUCAAAUAAUGGAAAGACUAGGUCAUUCGCCAAAUAUGAAAGGUUUAAAUAUUAUAAAAAAUUGGAUUCAAAAGGUCCUACCAGAAGAUUAAACGUUAUCAUAUUAUGCUUUAGAUAGUUACCUACUUUGUUUCAAAAAGCGCAAAAAUCUUUUGUAAGAGAAUAUGUAGUUAGUUUAAAGUUAUAAUAAUAAACGUUAUUGAUUUACCUACAAA